AUGCAAUCUUGCACUAUCUGUUUUAAUCGCGGCGUUUUUAAGAAAAUAUCGGAUACUUGCGGCCACAAAGACGCAUGUAAUUCGUGCAUAUGUAAUUAUAUCGAAGCUGAAUUAAAAAAUAAAGCCACAAUUGAAAUUCUGUGCCCUAGACAUAAGUGUGACGCUCAAUUGACGUAUCAAGAUGUUAAGCGGCUUGCUUCUAAUGAGAUUUUCGAACGAUAUGACUCUCUUCUACUCCGUCACUCCAUUCGCAAAUUGGAGAAUUUUCGUUGGUGUAAAAAUCCCGAAUGUGGUUCAGGACAAGAGCAUACGACUGGCGACGACGAACCAAUUAUGACUUGCAAUGCGUGUCGCUCAAAAUCGUGCUUUACUCAUGACGUUCCAUGGCACGAAAAUCAUACUUGCGCUGAAUUCGCCGAAAAGAUCGAAACUGUACAAACAGCUGCCAACCAAGCUUACCACGAUCGGUGGACUAAAAAAUGUCCAGAAUGCAAAAUGGCGAUCGAAAAGAACAAAGGAUGCGACCAUAUGAGGUGUUAUUGUGGUUAUGAAUUUUGCUGGCUUUGUUUGGCUGCAUAUGAUCAGAUUCGCAAAUAUGGUAAUCACCAUCAUAAGUUGACGUGCCAAUACUAUUCAGCUUAUCAUGGAGAAGAUGUAUAA